AUGCUUCUCGCAUUUGCGCUGGUGCCCUCCAUGGCCAUGGCCAUAACAACUCUAGGAAGCGACUCCUAUAGAUCGACUUCCGGCACAUUUGAUGCAGGAAUUUCCCCAUACAACUACGCACCAUCAGUUAUGGCCGAGGGCGUAUACAAGAUGUGGUGGUGUGGAGUACCGGCUGGGGCAGCUCUUCCUGGUGACCAUAUCUUGUAUGCAGAGGCCACAAGCUACGAUGGCCCCUGGCAUUCACAAGAUGGCACGCAGCCUUGGCAGGCUGUGUUCCAAGGCACUGGCACUGGCACAUUCGAUAGCAAACACACCUGUGAUCCAUCCGUUGUCAAAGUGGGCGAUACCUAUUAUAUGUACUACGGUGCCGAGCAAGACGACGGCUUACCAACAACGGCUGGUGUCGCCUCCAGUCCUGAUGGAAUCAACUGGACGAGAUUAAACAACGGUCAGCCUAUCUUCACCCAAGCAGCACAGCAAAAGACGGGCAGUGCCUAUGGAGCUGGCCAGCCCAGUGUGACUUAUGUCAAUGAAACUUUCUACAUGGUCUUCACCGACACCACAGGCGCAGGUGCCAAUGCAACAAGCGGAAACGGCCAGUUUCUUUGGAGGUCAAGUGAUGUCACUUUCCAGACAAAUACCGAGGUCUGGACAUCGACUGGCUGGCAAGCCAAGACCGAUGAGAACUCGAGAAGUUAUGCCAUCAUCAACUCGGUCUCUACGGAUUGGCAAUACUCUGAUGUCUUGGACGCAUUUGUCCUUGCCCACCAGAGCCCCAAUAACAUCACCACGCUGUCAUUCUUUGACCCUCAGGAUUUCUCCUCCUUCAAGUACGAAGACGUUGCCAUCCCCGGUGUGUGGACGGAAGGACCAGGGAUUAUCUCACGAUCAGAUAAGCACUCUGUGGUCACAGCAACUGCUGAUUGCGGCCGUGUACCUAUGGAUAUUGUUCGCUCAACUGAAGGCGCGCCUCCAACGGGACUAGCCCAUAUUGGUGUUGACGUUAUCCUCAGCGGCCUAACUUGCUGA